UCUUACUCAUAGGCAGAACACUUGAUUUAUUCAGAGUGUAAGAAAAGUAGUUGUGUGUGAGACCUCAAAGGUUCAUGAAAUCAAUCUUUCGCAAGAGAAUGACUUUCCAAAGAGUUAUUAAAGCUUGCUGGGAUUUUUAGCAUGUUAAGGAAUUUCCAUGAAAACACGCCUUUUCCUGAUGGCUUUAGAAACCUCUGCACCUUUUCCUGCAAUUUCCCCCAUUUUGUAGCUUUUCUGUUGUUUUGCGCAUAGAACCUUUCCCAUACUUUCCACUUUCAUGAGCAUGUGCUAUCAUUCUCUUCCUUUCUUUUUCUUCUUGCUCCUACAAGCUAGCUUGAAUAAAGGAGUCAUUAUCAGCAGCCCCACAAUGGACCCACACAUCCUCAGUCAAGACGCCAAACGGGCGAAAUAUCGAUCAGUCUUCCGGACCGCUGAGGGGCUGAGAGUUAACCCCGGAGCUUCCUGCCGGGCCCCGGCCCAUCCGCGGCAGCCGGACACCCCGCCCCCCGCUCCGCCACGGAGCCUGGGGCGCCCCUGUGGCGAGUGCGGAGAAGACCAGCAGCAGGAGCUGGCAGAGCCUCUGCACGGCCCGGCCCCGCCGAGGAGCAGCGUGGGGCUGGCGGCGGCCCUGCCACUCUGCACCACCCACCCACAGGCACCGAAAUGGCCAGCCAGAGGCCAGGGGGCAGUGACCGUGGACGGACGUAGCAGCCUGCCCGGCUCUCGGUGCCGGUGUCUGGACACGCAGGGAGGCCAGAGGCGAGUGAGUUCGCUGGGUGUGGAGGUCGCUGGGUGUGGAGGUGGCCGUCACCAAGCCUGCCGACACCUGGAAGCUCGGCGCGCCCUCAGGCCCGGCCGGUCUGAGCACAGAGGCAGCACGUCCGUCACUGUGCUUCUGUUCCUCGGGAACCCUGGCACACAGCAGGUUCGCCCAGAGAAGACUUAAUUCCGCUCUGGGUCCAACUCACAAUUCUGUUUCGAGAUUAGACGCCAUGUGACACAUCAUACGGGCAGCGGCUGAAUUGUGGGAAACGUGGGUCGUGCCCUUGGGGAUCUCAGGACGCACCAUCCCUUCUUCUAGCAAGGCGGCCUUCGAGGGUCAUGGCCAGUUGGUCUUGCCCCCGGGGGAGUCGAGACUCUGGGCAGCUGCCUUGCCGAGCGAGUCCUGGCCUCGUCUCCGUGGACGUCCCACCCACACUCAGAACCCUGACCAGU